AGUUUCUCACCUGCACGUGACGGGAACAGACAGCCGGUGUCCGAUAUCGCGAUAUUCGCCGUCAUAUGUGGCGAUAGCGUUAAUUUUAAUUAUUUUUAUGGCACGUUUAAAAGAUCGAUAUCAUUUGGACAGAUACGUCACGCAAAUUUCAAUCCUAUCAUUUCUUCGACAAUAUUCACGAAAUUUCUCUUCAGUCAUGAAAUAGAGCACGUGUUAACGCAAGCAUUCGGUGGUAUAUCGUUCGAGUAUUCGUGCUAUUUUAUAUAUUAUUUAAUUUUGUUAAAUUUAAGAAAAGAUACAAGAUUGUGUCACGUUCAUACAAAAAUCAAUCGCCAUUCAAUUUUCGUGCUAUAAAACACAAGUUCUUUUUUACGGAUUUACAUGUGUAUGUACUUAUUUAUAAUUUAUUGCAAUCAUCACGUAACUGUUUCAACAAGAAACUAUCCUAAAGGAAAAUAGCUUGAAGCAAAAUUCAAUCAAGUGAAAGGAACGCUGACCACAGAACACUAUCGUAAUGGAUUCACCAGAAUUGUGAAAGUUUUUACCCGAUAUCUCGAGAAAGACGCUCGUUAAAAAAUGGAUAACGAGCAAAGGCCUCUCGUGGACGUCGGGAGAAUAGCAACGUCCACAAAACUCGCUUACGCGCUUGGACACAUUUUCAACGAUUUAGCGGCUGCUAUGUGGUUCUCCUACACUUUAAUCUACCUCCAACGAGUUGCACUGUUAAAACCUAUCGUCGCCGGUGCGCUUUUACUCUUAGGACAAAUCGUCGACGCCGUUAUGACACCUGUAUUCGGUUUCCUGGUCGAUCGCUAUUGCAAGAAGAAAAUUUGGCACGUCGUCGGUUCCGUCAUGGUUACUCUGUCCUUCCCUGUAAUAUUCGGCGGUUUUGUCAAUUCAUCUACCACGAUCGCCAUGCUCCUAUAUGUAACGAGCAUUACGAUAUUUCAAACGGGUUGGGCGGCCGUACAAAUCUCCCAUCUGUCAAUGAUUCCCUCGUUAACUAAUUCCGUCCUAGCUCGAGCCGACUUGACCGCAAUAAGAUAUUCCGCUCAAGUCGGCGCAGCUGUAAUAGCUUUUGUCGUAACAUGGAUCAUUCUACCAACUGAUGGCGAAUCGAUGGUUCAAUUGGAUCAGCAGGAUGACUAUAAAUUUAGAAACAUCGCUCUGAUCCUCACAACUUUCGGCUUGAUCGCAACCGUCUUCUUUCACAUUUUCCUGAAAGCGAAUCUCUUGGAACAACCAAAAUCCUCAAAAUCAAACGUCGAAGAGCCGGCCAAACUGUCGGACGUUUCAUUGAAUCGCCGGAUAUCGUGGGCCGGCAUCACGAUUUUAUUAAGGGUCGCGAUGUUAUACGUGGCGAGCAGAUUAUUUAUCACUCUCGCUACGGUAUAUUUACCGCUAUAUAUAGAAGAAACCAAAGUUGAUGGUAAGCAAGCGUUGGCCAGUGUGCCGUUGGUUUCGUACGUAUCCUCAUUUAUAGCCGCCUUGCUGCUCAAAUACAUCAACAGGAUUUGCGGUACCAAGGCUUGCUACUUUCUCGGCGCUAUAAUUGGUAUAGCCGCCGCCGCCGUCACGGAAUUCGUCGGGAGUAACACGACGAUCGUAUACGUCAUCGCCGUGUUAAUUGGCGCGGGAAGUUCCAUCACGAUGGUCACCGCAUUGAGCGUCACCGCCGAAUUGAUUGGCUCUCGAACGGAACGUAGCGCAUUCGUGUACUCGAUCGUGACUUUCCUCGAUAAAAUCAUCACUGGUCUCGUGGUGAUAUUCAUCGAAAAAUGGAGAUGCAACGACAAGGAACUUUGUCCUACAUAUAAUCGAGACACAUUGUCCAUCGUUUGUGCUUCCUCAAUGAUAUUGGGACUUGUAACUUUGCUAUCUGUAUCGCGUUGUCUAACUUGAAAAAUUAAUAAGUUAAUAUUUUUUUUAUAUUACGUGUCAUUUGUAAACCAUAUAUAACUUAUUUUUUCAA